AUGGCCGAUGUUCAAGAAACCAAAUUAAAGUAUCGUCGAGGAGCUUGUUUUAGUUGUCGGAAAUGCAUGUUUUGUGGAAUUGGUUUACAACAAGAAAAAUGUAAUUGUGACUUGUUUAACGUAUCAUAUAGAGAAGAAAAAUAUUAUUGGAAAUCUAAUAAAAAAGGUUAUAGUAAGAAGGAAUUUGAGAACUAUGAUGAUAAUGAAUUUUUAUCUGAUGACGAAAUUGAAAUUGAAUUUACUUAUAGGGUUUUUAUAAAGUUGGAGAAUGGAAUAUCUCUUCCAGCAAAAUGGUAUACAACUUAA